GUCUGACACCCGGAUUAGACCAAGAGAACUAGUUAGUAUAAACAGUCUCGUGCGUAAAGCGGUGUGUUGAUAAAUGUGAUAUCAGUUCUUUUAGUUCAGCCUCUUCAUCGCCAUGACCCAAACAGACAGAGAUGCGGAGAAUGGACGAGACAGAGAGAAGGACCGAGAGAAAGAGCAGCGCGGGGUGAAGAGACCCAUAGUCCCCGCUGCUGUGCCUGAGCCUUUACAGGAGCAAAUUCAAGCCAACUUCAUUGUGGUGAUUCAUCCCGGAUCAAAAACCCUGCGGAUGGGCCGGGCUACAGACACCCUGCCCAUCACUGUUCCUCACGUCGUGGCCCGCAGGAACAAGCAGGCCGGCCAGCGCCGCCACGAGGACCAGUGCCUCCUACGAGAAGGACUGAAUUUGGCAGACAGUAAUGAACAGAGACAAAACGGGCUAAAAAUGGUCGACCAGGUCAUCUGGUCCAAGAAAAUGUCCAAUGGUGUGAGAAGAACCCCAGUGUCUGCGGAGCAGGCCAGAUUAUACAACAGACAAAUACGUCCCGCUGUGCUAGACCCAAACUCUAAAGUGAGCUGGACGAAUACAUCACAUCAUCCUGAAUAUCUGGUCGGAGAAGAGGCGCUGUAUGUGAACCCUACAGACUGCUACAGCGUCCACUGGCCCGUCAGCAGGGGUCAUCUGAACGUCCACAGGGGGCCGGGCGGCUCUCUCUCGGCUGCGCUGGCGCACCUGGAGAUCAUCUGGUCUCACGCUGUACAGAAACUUCUAGAGAUCCCGCUGAAGGAUCUAAAGUAUUACAGAUGCAUUCUUCUGAUCCCUGACAUCUAUAACAGGCAGCAUGUGAAGGAAGUUGUCAAUAUGCUGCUGGUUAAAAUGGGUUUCUCAGCUGUUGUUGUGCAUCAGGAGUCGGUGUGCGUGACCUUUGGCAGCGGCCUGAGCAGUGCGUGUGUGGUGGAUGUCGGUGACCAGAAGACCAGCGUGUGCUGUGUGGAGGACGGCGUGUCCCACCGCAGCUCCAGGUUGUGUCUUGCGUACGGCGGCUCGGAUGUGACACGGUGUUUUUUCUGGCUCAUGCAGAGAGCUGGUUUUCCCUAUAGAGACUGUCAGCUCGGCAACAAACUAGACUGUAUGUUACUGCAGCAGCUCAAAGAGUCUUUCUGCCAUCUGGAUCAGGAUAUUUCUGGGCUACAAGAUCAUGAGUUUCGCACGUGUUUCCCUGAUUCCCCGGUGCUGCUGUAUCAGUUACGAUUAGGGGAUGAGAAGCUCCAGGCUCCCAUGACAUUAUUCUACCCUGCUGCGUUUGGCAUAGUGGGGCAGAAGAUGACAUCUCUGCUGCAUCGCUCUCAAGGAGACGCAGAGGAUCCGCACGAUGAGCACUUCCUCCUGACCACGCAGAGCAAACAAGACCAGUCUUCUAAAGCCACAACAGAUCGCAAAUUAUUCCCCAAGGCUGCUGGGUUUGAGGGGGAAUCCAGCUUGUGCGACCCAUCAGAGAAGGGUACUCUCGCUCAUGAUCUGGAGUUGGGUCACUCUCAAGCCGAGUGCCUCGUCGGUGGGACAGAAGCAGAAGAAUCAUCAUCCGCUCUGUUGUCCAGGAAGACAGCCAUGACUCAGUUUGAGGGAAAAGCGCUUGGAGUGGAUAAAGCCAUCUUACACAGCAUUGACUCCUGUGCCUCCGAUGAAUCGAAGCGUAAAAUGUACAGCUGUAUUCUGGUGGUUGGUGGUGGGUUGCUGUUUCACGGAGCGCAAGAGUUUCUGCAGCAUCGCAUCCUCAACAAGAUGCCUCCGUCUUUCCGUUGUCUGGUGGAGAACGUCGACGUCAUCACACGACCAAAGGACAUGGACCCUCGUGUGAUAGCGUGGAAGGGUGGAGCGGUGCUGGCGUGUUUGGACACCACCCAGGAGCUCUGGAUUCACCAGCGAGAGUGGCAGCGCUUCGGUGUCCGCAUGCUCCGAGAGCGGGCCGCCUUUGUCUGGUGACCCCAGAGCCCAUGCCUUCACAGAUUCAGUCUGCUUCAGUUCUUAUUCUUGACUUUGAUCUGGAAGUACAAUGAUCUCAAAAAAGAUCUUGCAAGUAAUUUGUUUGUGACGGUAAUAAUAAUGAAAAAACUGUCACUUUUCAUAACCUUUUAAUCUAUUUUCUCAACUCGAACCAGAAGAAAUGCACUGUAACAUCUGAUGUAAUUUGUUUCUUACAGAAGUGAUGUUUAUGUAAAAUGUGCUUAUUAAAAGUUGUUUUUCUAGUCCUGUAAUCAGACUGGCUGAUCAACUAUGGUUUGUAGCAUCUCAUAAUGUAAUAAAUGCAUGUAAUGUAA